AUCUCCGUAGGACUGGGGACAUCCCCCAUGGCUGAGAUCGAGGAGAUACUGCUAAAUAUCAUUUUUGGGAAGUAUGAUUGGGGGAGGGACUACAAGAGAAUAGUGGUGUCACAUACUGUAGAUACUAAUGCAGAAGCUUUACAAUAGCAGACUGAGCUGAUCUCCAGGGAACAAUGAAUAUCUGCAGAUACUCAGAUAGACCUAGCAAAGAUCCAUCGUACCACCUUGACUGCCCCCAAAUCAGGAUUGUCCUGCUGGGUAAAACAGGAGUGGGGAAAAGUGCAGUUGGAAACACCAUCCUGGGCAGGACGGAAUUUGAAUCUGCACUGCAGAAUGUGUCUAUCACCCACCAGUGUCAAAAGGAAUAUUGUGACAUUUCCAAUAGACACGUGGCUGUUAUUGAUACACCAGGUUUGUUUGACACUGAACAGCCCAGUGAACAAAUACAGAAAGAGAUAGUGAGAUGUAUCCAGGUCUCCUCCCCAGGGCCACAUGCUUUCCUGGUGGUGAUGCAACUGAACAGAUUCACAAAAGAGGAGAAGAUGUGUGUCGAAGCUCUGCAGGAGAUCUUUGGGGAAGAAGCGAAUAAAUUUAUGAUCAUCCUGUUCACUCGUGGAGAUGACCUCCAAAAGCAGACCAUUCAUAACUUUGUCAGGCAUGCUCACACAGACCUGAAGGACGUGAUCAGGAAGUGUGGGGACAGGUACCACGUCUUCAACAACAGGGACUCCUCCAAUAGGGAUCAGGUGAAUCAGCUGCUGGACAUGAUUGAGCAGAUGAUGGCCAUGAAUGAGGAAAAUUUCUAUACACAUGAGAUGUACAGGGAAGCAGAGACAAAGAUUAGCAAGAAGGUGGAGAUCAUGAUCAAGGAGAGGGAGAAGGAGAUCAAUAGAGAGAACAGAGAAAAUCACAUCAGGGAACAGCGGGAGAGGAUCAGGUUGGAAAACACAAAGAAACUAGCAUAUGAACUGAGUGCUGCUCUGGAGGCUGAAAUUGACAAGAAGAUGAAUAUAGCGGUGGAGGAAAUUGAAAGGCAGAUGACAGAGAUGUUAAUAGAGACUCGAAGAAAAGCAGAGGAGUCAGAACUUGAUUUGAGUUUUGUACAAAGACUGAAGCAGAAAGUUGCCCAGGCCUUCAAGAUUAGUAAGCAGUAUAGGCAGUGCUCUAGUGAAGAUAAACCCCCACACCACUUUGACUGCCCCCAAAUCAGGAUUGUCCUGCUGGGUAAAACAGGAGUGGGGAAAAGUGCAGUUGGAAACACCAUCCUGGGCAGGACGGAAUUUGAAUCUGCACUGCAGAAUGUGUCUGUCACCCACCAGUGUCAAAAGGAAUAUUGUGACAUUUCCAAUAGACAUGUGGCUGUUAUUGAUACACCAGGUUUGUUUGACACUGACCAGCCCAGUGAACAAAUACAGAAAGAGAUAGUGAAAUGUAUGCAGGUCUCCUCCCCAGGGCCACAUGCUUUCCUGGUGGUGAUGCAACUGAACAGAUUCACAAAAGAGGAGAAGAUGUGUGUCGAAGCUCUGCAGGAGAUCUUUGGUGAAGAAGCGAAUAAAUUUAUGAUCAUCCUGUUCACUCGUGGAGAUGACCUCCAAAAGCAGACCAUUCAUGACUUUGUCAGGCAUGCUCACCCAGACCUGAAGGAGGUGAUCAGGAAGUGUGGGGACAGGUACCACGUCUUCAACAACAGUGACUCAUCCAAUAGGGACCAGGUGAAUCACCUGUUGACCAUGAUUGAGCGAAUGAUGGCCAUGAAUGGGGAAGAUUUCUACACACAUGAGAUGUACUGGGAAGUAGAGAAAAAGAUUAGGGAGAAGGAGGGGGAGAUCGAAGGGAUGAGAACAAAGGGGAAGAAAAGGAUUGGCAUGGAAGAGCGGGAGAAGAAAAGGUUGGAAAACACUCAGAAACUAGCACAAGAGCUGGGUGCUGCGGUGGAAGCUGAAAUUGACAAGAAAAUCAAUAAAUUCAAGGAGGAGAUUCUAGAGUCUCAGGGACAGAGUCAAAAAAAGACUAAAAAAGGUGUUCACAAAAAGACUCAAAAAGGGACUCGAAGAAAAGCAGAGGAGUCAGAACUUAAUUUGAGUUUUGUACAAAGACUGAAGCAGAAAGUUGCCCAGGCCUUCAAGAUUAGUAAGCAGUAAUGGGUCUAACAGUUUAUUACAGGCAUAAUCAAAACUGUAUUAUUCAAUUUUUUGCAAAAUUACCAAAAAAAUAAAAAAUCAUAUGUUGUGUUGGAGACAUUUGAUGACAUUUGAUGAAAAAUGGCCAUUGUUUUAAUGUUUUCAUUUAAAUAUGUUUUCUAAACCCAAUAUAUAACCAAAUAGCAAGCUGUACAGUACGUUUAUAUUGAAUACAUUUACUUAGAGUGCAGGUGUGAGACAUACCUGUGUUAAAUGAAUCUGUCUUUUGGUUUUAUGUUACAUGAAUGCAAAUAAAAGAAUGAAUAAAAUGAAUAAAAGAA